ACCCCUCUCGUCUCGUCUCUCCCUCGCAGGCGCGUAGCUAUGGCGAAGAACAGAAACAAGAAGAAGAGAAAUGGCGUUGCUUCCAUGGAUUUCGUUGCCGAUCAGACGGCCACGGGAGCUCAAGACAUGGAUACUUCUGAGUCCGCUGUUCCGAAACCAUCUUCCGCCCGCGUUCAUACAAAGGUCAAGGGAGUGCAAAUGAAAAGGUCGAAGAAUGUCCGAAAGAAGGCUGCCGUUGCCAAAGCUGAAGCUAAAAUCGAGCAAUUGAAGGAAAAAGUUUUGAAGAAUGAAAGCAAGUUACAUAGAAUUCAAUCUGCCAAAAAGCUAUAUGACUAAUGUAAUCUGCAGUGUUUCCUUUUGAAGAUUGUAAACUUGUUCACCUAUCAUUACCUCACUUGUAUUGUAAUCUCUACCCAAAAUUUUGUCUUAAUCUCAUUUUAGUUAUUUCUACUGUUCUACCACUGUUUA